AUUUGCUGGCAGACAGAGACAGAGAGUGGAGCGCAGGUUGAGCAAGCAAGUUGGCGUUCCGUUACCAUACCUACAAUACAAGCAUAGCAUUCCACUUCCAGGCAAGCAAGUCAGUUUCAGUUGGUUACUUCCUCAGAGUUGAGUGGUUUCUCCGGAUAAAGGAAACAAAAUAGUUUUGUCGCAAUGACGAAUUCAGCCAAACAACAAGAAGCAAUGCAGCAAAACUAUCAGCCCUUCUUGAAGCCACCCCCAGAGCCGGCGAUGACAAAAUUCAAGAGGUUUCUUUACAAUUCUGAGACUGGAGCUGUCUUUGGUCGCACCGGGGAAAGUUGGGCGAAAAUCGGCUUAUUCUACACGAUAUUCUACAUAUGCCUUGCCGCCUUAUUCAUUCUCCUGCUAUGGUUAUUCCACUUCACAUUAGACCCGAGGAUACCAAAGUGGAAAUUGGACGAAUCUCUUAUUGGAACAAAUCCAGGUCUUGGAUUCCGACCUAUGCCAGAGUCAGACAAUGCUCUCAGUUCUUUAAUCUGGUACAGAGGAACUAAUAAGGAAGACUUCGCUUUCUGGACCAACAGCUUAGAGAAAUUUCUUGACCCUUACAGAAAGCCAGGUCUGAAUCCGGGUAGAGGACAGAACAUCUACAACUGUGACUACGACCAUCCUCCCAGCCGAGGCAAGGUGUGCAAUAUUGACGUCAGACAGUGGGCCCCCUGCACCUCCGAAAACAAUUACAACUACCAUGUGCAGAAUCCAUGCAUCUUCAUUAAACUCAAUAAGAUUUUCGGUUGGGUACCUGAAUACUACAAUGAUACUUCGAAUCUGCCAGAAGAUAUGCCAGAAUCUUUGAAGGAGACUAUCUAUGAUAAAGCAAACACUAGCUUAUCAGCUUUGAACACAAUUUGGGUAUCCUGUGAAGGAGAAAAUCCAGCCGAUGUGGAAUUUAUUGGAGAAAUCGACUAUCUGCCUCAGCAAGGAUUCCCUGGCUACUUCUUCCCGUUUGAGAAUUCCGAAGGAUACCUCAGCCCUCUGGUUGCCAUUCACUUCAAGUCACCAAGAACUGGUGUGUUGAUCAAUGUCGAGUGCAAAGCUUGGGCGAAAAACAUCAAACAUGACAGAAAAGAGAAGUUGGGAACAGUGCACUUUGAGCUGAUGAUCGAUUAGAUGUGGCUUUGUUCUGCUUCCUUGGAGUACCUGAUGCGUUCUCGAUCUGCAUUUCGACUUGAGUUCGAAACAAAGAAAAUAAUGUGUCUUAAUAGGGGUUAGGAUCUAAUUCGAAUUCCUCAAUUAUCAUAUCACUCUAUUAUUUGCCAGCUUGGAAAUGGUAGCUUUUUUAAAUUCAUACGAUCAGGUAUCAAUUUGAAGUAACUCUUCUAUAAUAAUUAUUGCUCUAGUGUAUUUGCAUUUUUUAGUCACAAUUGAAAAUUCAUUUCAUAAUUCAACAUCUUAUACAUGGAGGAGACACAACUAAUUAUUCACAUCAUAGUCUUAAGAGCAAUGAAAAUCUAUCUAUAAAUCUCAUGAUAAGCCAUACAGAUUUUACAAGCUAAUUUCCUACUCAUUACAAAUCGAUAUUUUGAUAAUAUCCAUUUUACAUGAAUAUUAAAUUAUAUAUUUGAUACACUCAAAUUUAUGAUGUAUUUUAUUAGAAAUGAUAUGCCACUGCCAUUUAACACACUCUUGUCAAUUAUAAGAUAUUUUCCGACCAGUGUACUCAUAUUAAUCAAAUCAAAAUUUUGUAGUUAUUGAUGCUUUUGCUCAUUCAUAGAUUUUAGCUCUAAUCUGAUUGGAUUGAAACGUUAUAACAAUUACUACUAAGGAUGUGAUAACCUUCUUGUAAAUUUAUGUAAAUUGUAAAAUAUCUACAAUCUUUCUAAAUUAUAUAGAUGCUUUAAUGAAUUCAUCUUCAUGGAAGAAAUAAAUUAAUAACUUGAAUAAAAAUGCUCAUUAUUUUUGUGUGAAGGGUUAAAAAUACACAAAACUUUGAACACCGAUCUAGUAUGAUAGAUUUAAGGAUACAUUCAUUUUCGAAACAAAGUCCAUUGUAUACUGUUUAGAAUAUCUAAGCUUCCACAAAGAAUUCUCGCCUUACUAGUAUUAACAUAAUUUUCUCACUAUCCCAUCAUAGUAUUAUUAAUUUAUGUUGUCUUGAUUCAUACUUUUAAAGUUGGACAAGAUUUAUUAAUUUAAUGAAAAUUAGUUUAAUGAUUUGCUUUUAUUGUAAUUGUUUUUGUGCUUGGGAUUGAAUGAAACAUGUUUUAUUAGAUACUUGUAAGAUUAGAAAAUAUUAAUAUCAAAAUAAGAUCUGUGUGAAAAAAUUUUAAAUAGUGACGACCUUUAGUUUUAGUUUUUAUCUGAGUAUAUUUUAUUUUUGUGAUAUAAAUUGAGGGCACCAAGUUGAGGUUGUAACGGUGCUUCCUACCAGACGUUUUGUUUAUUGUAUGCAUUAUUAUUGUAGAUCAAUAAUGUUUUUUCUAUAAUUAAAAACGAGUGAGUUAGUA